AUGUCCGCCUCCGGAGUCAACGUCCUGCGGUGGUCCGCCCUCGCUUUUGGCGUCUUCUACGGCUUCACCCAUCAGCGCGCCAUCACUGCUGCCAACAAGGCCGCCGCUGACCAGAAAGUUUACGACCACAAGAAGCAAUUAAUAGAGCAGGCCAAGGCCGAGUACGCCAAGAAGAAGAACCCAACUGCCUCCACGUCAGAGAAGAGCGGACUGAACCAAGAUCCGAUGGACCCCAAGUUCGACCUCGAGGCCUACCUGGGUGCGCUUAUGGAGAUGAAGUAG